GUUGAGUCCAUCUGCCCUUCAAUGGCUGACAGAGAGGCCAGAAUCCAAGCCCAGCACUGUUUUCUUGUCUCAGUGGAGUACUGCGAAGAGGAGGUGCUUAGUCAUGAGGUCAUGGGGGGUGAUGUCAGAAUUGCCCACAAGACCUCCCUAAUGAUGGAUGGGAUCCCCUUCAUUUUUCUCCCAAAGCCCCCCAACACCCUUCCUAUCUCCUCUGAUCGUUCAAACCUCUCCAACCUGUUGUCCCUCAUGGAGGGUGGAGUGGUUUUAAGCUCUAGGGAGGAAGGUAUCUAUGCUGAACGGCAUAGCCAAGCCACAGUCUCCUGGAUGGGUGGCACCGGAGAUGAGAUGCACGUGAUGGAGCGUGAUGUGGACCCUGUGAUGCUCUUCAACAGAGAGACCUUUAGACAGGAGUUGGACCGCUUCGCCAGAGCAGAUGGCUCCCAACCUCAAUGUGGGUUCAGCCUAUGGUUUGGGCAAGACUCAUCACUCAGUGCACCAAUCUUUAUAUCGAUUAAAUUGCCAUGGGCUCAGCAGCUAUUCAAGGAAGUUCAUGACUUCAGGAUCUGGCUUGAGUCCUCCCCUGUCUCUCCUGGAGUCUGAAGAACCGGUUGGAGUCCCAACAGGACUCCAAUUGCUCCCAAUAUGAGCCUAGGCCACAGCAUUUCCCACCAAACCUGUACCCUAAUCACCUCUCCUCAACCUUUUCACCUAUUUUCAUUCCCUAUAUAAACAGCUUAUUGAGCACUAUAUUUAUUCCAUCUCACACUAAAUAGAAGACAAUCAGACAGUAAAUUAAUAAAUACCCUUCAAAUACAUCAUUUUAAUGUUGCUUAUUUGUCCAUUUUACAUUAAUGCUUACUUCAUGCUGUUUGUUCUAUUACAUUUGUUUGACAUUUUAUCAAUUUUGUGACAGUUAGGUAAAUGGAUACAGGUUGAUAGAGAUAGAUAUAUUGAAAAUAGGUAUUAUAAAGAAUUAUACUAUUCAGACAUGUGCAAGUACAUUUGUGCAAAAUGUGCAAGUACAUUUGACAUUUUAGUAAUUUAGCAGACACUCUUAACCAGAGUGACUUACAGGAGCCAAGUGUCCUGGACUGAACUAUGUCCCCCAACCUCCUAGACUGAACUAUGUCCCUAAUUGGUUCCUCUCGCUGGUGUAGUCAACUGGCUGAUGCUAGAACCUUUGUGGGCAUGGAAGUAUAUGUGAUAUAAGACUGUAGUAGGAGGGUUGAUGUGGGCUUUUUGCACAUUAAUGAGUGAUAUACAUGAAUGAGGUCCACGGUUUAAAUCAUAAGUGAAAUGUCCAUUACUUUAACUAUACUAUAUACUAUGUUCACUACAAAUCACUUAUCAAUCCAUAAUCAUUCAGCAGUUGUGAGAUGGAUCUCAUUGUUAGUAAUGACAGUGUAUCUAGUCAAGCUGCUCUCAAACCUAUAUAACUAGUACACAGUAAAAAAUGCAGUAUCAAUAUUGUUCUGAAAUAUGUUGGCUGGAGUUGUGCUGUUAUCUAAUAAACAAUAUUGCUAGACUAAUUACAUAGCAGUUACAUAGCAGUUAUUAUAUAAGUACACAAGAGAGAUUAAAGUAGACGGUCAAAGUCAAAGUAAUUGAUUUAUGACCCCUGCAUUAUGAUGACGUGUGCAUGUCCAAAUAUCCCAUUCCUCUUGUUCCUGUGGUCACGUGUUAGAGGGUGUGUGUUAUUUUAUAUAUCUAUGGCAUCCUUUGAAGUAGUCAUGGUGAUUGAUGUCUAGGGGCCUGGUUGAACUGGGGGGGUUGAGUGUUUGAACUUUUGGAAGGUGUAUGUCCCCCACCCCCAGUUUUAUUGCCCUUAUGUUUGUUAUCUGAUGAAGCAGGAAUGUCCUGGGGUAUUGUGGCAUAUGCAUUAUAAAUGUCCUGAACAAGGCGUGCGAACCCAGAACCGCACUUUGUCACUCCAUC